GGCUGGGUGUGUACCAGAUGACGCAGCAGCCAGGUGAGAGAUAAACCAUGCCUCGAGACCCGAGUUGAGGGAGAACAACUGACUGACUAUGGAAGAAGAUCAGAAGAACCCUAUCCUGAAAGAGGGAUUCCUUGUGAAACGGGGCCAUGUAGUUCACAACUGGAAGGCUCGCUGGUUUGUACUCUAUCCAGACCAGUUGCUCUACUAUAAAUAUGACGGAGGGAAGAGAGACUCCUGUCAACGCGGGAGGAUCAUGUUGACCGGUUGUAAAAUCUCUUGUCCGUAUCUGGAGUAUGACAACCGCCCGCUGGUGUUCAAACUGCAAACCAAGAGUUCUGCCGAGUACUUCCUGGAGGCGUGUUCUCGGGAGGAGCGUGACCAAUGGGCAGCGGAUAUCGGUGCAGCGGUGGAGAAGCUCCGCCCAGCUGACUCUCCUACCCCGAGCCAGUCUAAAACCACUGGAUACCUGUCACUACAACUACACAGCUUCAGCCUGAACCAGGUAGUGGACUCCAUGUAUGAUGUCCACAGUGGCAUCAAGCUGACCAGCCACAACGAACAGGGAAGCUCCUACAGCAACUGCUUCUCAGGUUCUGCGGUGGUGGACUGGCUGGUGUUCAAUCAGCUGGCUCUGACCCGUGUAGAGGCUGUGACUCUGUCCUCGGCCGUCCUGGAGGAAGGUUACCUACGCCCUGUAGGUCUGAGGAGCGUUGAGGCUCAGCGCAGCCAUGGACUCAGUGAGCAGUUCCUGGAUGACUCCACUGCUCUCUACAGCUUUUCAGAGAACUUUAAGAAAAGAGGCAGUGUGAAGGCUGAGACGUCCCUAUCAGCCAUGGAACUAAGUGGGAAGGUCCUGAAAAGGGGCUAUCUACUGAAACAGGUGAGGAAAACUCUGCCAAUCAGCCCAAACUAUCUACUGAAACAGCCCAAACUAUCUGGUUACCUUCACUACUAUGACCCCAGUAAGGAUGACAUCAGUCCCGUGGGCGGGUUCUCUCUCCGAGGCUGUCUGGUCUCUGCUCUGGACGACAACGGUGUUCCUUCAGGUGUGAAGGGUAAAGUCCAAGGUAACCUGUUGAAGAUCAUCACUCAGUUUGAUACUCACUACUACAUCCAGGCUCCCAGCAGACAGGAGAGGAUGGACUGGAUAGAAGCUAUCAGAGGACAGAGUUAAAUAAAGUCAAGCUUAUUCCUUUAACGUAGUGUUUUAGGUGAGGCUGUUAUUGAUAUAUCCAAUCCAUACAGGUUUUUAAACAAACUACUUUACAAAUCUUCUAGCGUAUAAGAUUCAAAGAAAUUAUACAUUCUAUGAAUGUAACCAUACAAAGUUAACAGUUUGGAAUAAUGGUUUUAAAUCGUGUAAAUAGAUAAUUCAACGUGGUGUUGUUUUGAAUAUUAAAUAAAGCAUUUCCCCUGUGAGAAGGCC